UGGCUGUGUGUUGGGUGAUACGAGAAGGAUGUAAUGGUCAUGUACGGCCUUGAGUCGGACUUUGCCUCGGACAGGGACAUCUUCUCAGACCAGGACAUAUUUUCGCUACCUCUAUCAGAGGAUUCGUACAUGUUCCAGCAGAAAAAUCCCGCCAGAAAGGGACCCCCAAUCAGGAACCAAUUGAUCAGGUCCCACAACAGCACCCCCUGCACGCGCUCCAGCACCCCCUCCGCAAACCCUCGUGCCAGCAAACUUCAGACUAUCUUCAAGCGUGACAGCCCUCUGAUACCUGUUACCUUGACUUUAGACCAAGUGAUGGAAUAUGAGUCCGCGUUCAGGAUGUACGAUAUCAACGGAGACGGUGUUAUUUCUGUGCUCGAGUUUAAAACUCUUCUCCACACUGUCGGUUUAAAGCCAUCAGAUGAGGAAGUAAUGGAAAUGAUAGAAAGUGUAGAUAUAGACGAUAACGGGGUCCUCUCCCUCUGCGAAUUCAUCAGACUCAUGUCAAACAAGCACAAACCUUUUGUCACCCCCAAAGCUCAGUUUGAGGCAGUUUUCCGAGCGUUUGACUCCGACGGUAACGGUCAAUUGAGUCGGGAGGAAUUCAAAAAGUCUCUGUUCAGCGUGGGUCAAAGGUGCAGUGAGGAUGAGUUUGAGAAUUUGAUGGGCGAACUGGACCGAAAUAUGGACGGUCGAAUAAGUAAAAAGGAGUUUCUUAGUGUGUUUCUCACGCAAGAAUAGUGGCUAAUAGGGCUUCAAGUUCAGCUUGAUCGGAAAUGGGACUAUGAUUGGGAGCUCGCCUACACGGAGAAUACUUGUUUGUCUACUUUUGGAGAGGUUAAGCGUCGGGUAGAAGAUAUUACGGGCUCUUUUUAUUGAUCUUUCAGCUAUUUGAUUUCUGGACAGAUAUUUU